AUGUCGUUACGCAGAGCCAAAAGUCUCGGAGUACCCGACAUGCAGCAGCAGCAGCAGCAGCAGCAGGAGGAGGAGGAGGAGGGCGAGACCCAGAGCGAGUCCGGCUCCAUGGCUCGCCUCAUUUUCGAUUUCGGGUCGGGAGCCGGACGUGUCAUCCCGGACAACGCGGAGACCUCGUCCAACACGGGUCUCGAUAAGCGCCCGCAAUGCGAGCCGACGAUGACUCAUGAUGCUGCUGCUGCUGCUGCUGCUGCUGCUGCUGCUGCUGCUGGAACCGAAUGGCCCGGCUUCGAAGUGCCCACACGACAUCCGGAACCGGUUUCAAACACUACCGAGUUUGCCAGUGUGCGGGUGUAG